UUCCAGAGAAGAAAGGAUACCAAGAAAUUGAAAAUACCAAAGGGCAUCGAAAGAAAAAUAUAACUGCAGCUGUCCUAUAAUCCCCGCAAUCGCGCAAAGGGAGCAGCCCAAGUAGGGAAACGCAGUCCAAAGAAAGCAACUGCCGCCGCUCACCGCCUACUCGCUCUCCACUGCACAAAUCCAACACCCCACUAAACUCGGUGCAAGCCUAAAGAUCGUAUCGCCUCCGUCGAUUUGCAAAACCAGCAAAUUUCAUCGAACAACCUCUCGACUUCCACGCUCCCACACCCUCCUAUACCCCCCCCUUUUCCUCCGAGCCCCGUUGUCGAGUGCAAUCAUGGCUGCCAACGGUGAUUUUUCAGACGAGGAGUCUCAGCACGGCUCCCCAAUUUUGAAUGCCAACGGUCACGAUGAUAUCGAAGACCAAGAGCCUCUUGACCAGGACGAGAAGCCCCUCAAGUCCGCGAUGAAGCAGUCGGACUCUACACCGCCAGUGUCUCAGCCGAAACGACCAGAGCUACCGGAGCAGCCCGACCCAGCCACUCUCGACCUGACCACAUUAACUCCCCUGUCACCGGAAAUUAUUGCCCGCCAGGCUACGAUCAACAUCGGCACCAUCGGCCACGUCGCUCACGGAAAGUCAACGGUGGUGAAGGCUAUCUCAGAAGUCCAGACUGUCAGAUUCAAGAAUGAGUUGGAACGAAACAUUACCAUCAAAUUGGGUUACGCCAACGCGAAAAUCUACAAGUGCGACAACCCCGCUUGCCCUCGGCCGACAUGCUUCAAGAGUUAUAAGAGUGAGAAGGAGGUCGACCCACCCUGCGAAAGAGAUGGAUGCUCUGGUCACUACCGUCUCUUAAGACACGUUUCUUUCGUUGACUGCCCCGGUCACGAUAUUCUUAUGAGUACCAUGUUGUCAGGUGCCGCCGUCAUGGACGCUGCUCUUCUUUUGAUUGCCGGAAACGAAACUUGCCCUCAGCCCCAGACCUCAGAGCACUUGGCUGCUAUCGAGAUCAUGAAGCUUAGCCACAUUAUCAUUCUUCAAAACAAGGUGGAUUUGAUGAGGGAAGAUGGAGCCUUGCAGCAUUACCAGUCGAUCCUUAAAUUUAUCCGUGGAACAGUCGCUGACGGUUCUCCCAUCAUCCCGAUUUCCGCGCAACUCAAGUACAACAUCGAUGCCGUAAACGAGUACCUGGUCUCACAUAUCCCCGUUCCUGUUCGUGAUUUCACAGCCUACCCCCACAUGAUGGUUAUUCGAUCCUUCGAUGUGAACAAACCAGGCGCGGAAAUUGAUGAGCUGAAGGGUGGUGUUGCUGGUGGUUCCAUCUUGACUGGUGUGUUGAAGGUGGAUGAUGAAAUUGAAAUUCGACCUGGUCUUGUAACCAAGGAUGAAAAUGGCAAAAUCCAAUGUCGCCCCAUCUUUUCGCGUGUCGUAUCGCUCUACGCCGAACACAAUGACUUGAAAUUCGCUGUUCCCGGUGGAUUGAUCGGUGUUGGUACUCGUGUUGACCCGACACUUUGUCGUGCUGACCGUCUGGUUGGUUUCGUUCUUGGCCACCGUGGACGACUGCCCGCCAUCUACACUGAACUCGAGGUUAAUUACUUCCUGUUGCGCCGACUCCUGGGUGUCAAGACCGCCGAUGGCAAGCAGGCCAAGGUUGCCAAGCUGGCCAAGAACGAAGUUCUCAUGGUUAACAUCGGCUCUACGGCUACUGGUGCGAAAGUUAUUGGUGUUAAGGCGGAUGCUGCUAAGCUGAGCUUGACUAGCCCGGCUUGUACCGAAGUUGGCGAGAAGAUUGCCAUUAGUCGAAGAAUCGAGAAGCACUGGCGUCUAAUCGGUUGGGCCAACAUUGUCGCUGGUAACACCCUUGAACCCAUUGUCAACUAAGAUAAGGAUACUUGAUGUCAAGUUCAGGUCAGGCCUCGGGAGGGGAUUACGAAGGAAAACGAGGCCGUCUUUGCCAGGGAAACCUGGUAAUAGGGGUCAAAAGAGGAAGAGGCGUUGUGGUUAUAAUGAGCACAUCAGACGUCAUGUCGAAUAGAGAACGUUUGAAGGUCUACUUGUCACUUCUUCUGCCCGCUGGAAGCUCAAAGACAAGAACGCGUGGGGUUCUUCCAUGCAGGUCGGCCCGUUGAACGGUUCGCGAAACAUGGGCGCCUUAUCUAUAGCGGGUUGAUUGGAUGAUCAAAAAGACAGGCAGAAGGAUGCAGUAGAGACGGCCACUUCUUUUGACGAGUGUUAUGACGCUGUUCUGUUUUCAGGGGUGGGAAAAAA